AUGAAAUCGUUUAAACAAUCUAUCUUUAUCAUCUUGGUAUCAUCAGCAAUACCCCCAUUAGCAAGACUUAUAGCGUAUUACCCAAGAUCAGUUAAAUCUUUUCGUUCAGCACAUGGAUGUUUUAAUUUGCACCUCAAUCUAAUUGACAACGAUUUAUUAAGAGAAUCACUCAUUUUGCUGGUUAAAUCUGCAAAUGACACAUUUAUAAAGACCCAAAGCUUUGCAAAUUCUUUAGACAGACGCUGGCCAGAAGCAAUGGAAAUUUACUUGACUAUUGGUCUCCUAUACGUGAUUUGGAUUAGAAAUAACAAUGCUUUAGUCGUUGAAGAUGAAAAAGAGGAUCUCAAAGAGUAG